UACACUUAUUGGCCAUCUACCAGGCAACAGCAAGCAUCGAGCUAUGGAAAGAUGUCUUAGUCUCCCCCAAAAUGUAAUUCUACGCCGGAUGACGUUCUAUUCUCCGAACUUGUAACCGUCGUAACUCCUAAAGCCAUGAUGUUAAACAGUAUAAAACAGCGCUAGUCUUCGACUACGACCACAGCUGCCAUCCCUUCCAACUCUUUCCUCAGCUCAGAUCGCUGCCAUUCAACCAUGACUUCUCAACUCCCUUUGCAAGGCAAAGUAGCCAUCGUCACUGGAUCCUCUCGUGGAAUCGGCGCUGGCUUGGCGUUUGAGUUAGCGCGGAGGGGUGCCAAAGUUACCAUCGUCUUCACUUCUCCCAAGAGCGAGGCAUCGGCCAAGGGUGUUGCGUCGAGAAUUGCGGCACUGAAGAACGGUAGCGAGGCGACCAUCGUCCAAGCGGACCUCAGACAGAUCGAGGCUCCCGACAAGAUAGUAGCGGCAACGCGAGAAGCAUUCGGCGACAAUAUCGAUAUACUAGUAAACAAUGCAGGAGUGCUAGCAGCGAAGACCAUCGCGGAGACCACAGCAGACGACUAUGCCGCAAUCUUCGACGUGAACGUUCGGGCACCCUUGUUAAUGACCAAGGCGGUUGUGCCGUACUUAAGAGCGCCGGGGAGGAUCAUCAACUUGUCUUCUGUCGGCGCGCGGGAGGCAUUCGAGUCUUUGGCUAUAUAUUCUGCGUCUAAAGCCGCCGUGGAGGGAUUGACGAGGGGCUUAGCAGCUGACCUCGGGCACGCCGGCCACACAGUAAAUGCUGUUGGGCCCAGUCCAACGGAGUCUGAUAUGCUGGGUGACGUUCCCAGCGAGUUCGUAGAGCGGCAGCUGAAGGAGACGCCUGUCCAACAUCGCUGUGGCACAGUUGACGACAUUGCUCAGAUUGUGGCGUGGCUCUCAGAUGAGAGUUCGCGCUGGGUAUCGGGACAAACCAUCUCCGCAAGCGGCGGGUAUCUCAUGCUCUGAGCGAGCUCUGAGGCAGUUCACGAUACUGGCCGUGUUUCCUCGGGCGUUUUUCAGAUCGGUUUCCUUGGCCCGCCAUGACUUCCAAGACUGCAGAUGUUUGAUAGGACUAGAAAUAGACAGGGAGAAGCAAUGCCGAGGAAUAGCUGGGAAAUGCGACAAUUGAAA